UUGAAUAUCGAUAAUAAUGAACUUCUGAUGCGAUAUAAAUCAUUUUUCAACAGAAAUUAAAGUGAGGAAGGAUCGGAUCCAAACCUGUGGAAGACCAAAGAAUGUGAAGGAGGGUUAAGUCAUGAAAGCAUGGACUAGUGGGGCAGGUUUUAGGAAGCCGGGCUUUGGAAGGCACUUUGAGUCUGGUGAAAAUUAUGAGGUGCUAGAUGUAGGUUUAGAAUCCUCCACCUCCACCUCCGCAGCCACCGCCGCCUCCACAGCCGCCUCCUCCACAGCCGCCUCCUCCACGGCCACCACCUCCACAAUCUCCGCCUCCUCCACCUCAGUCUCCACCACCUCCGUCUCCACCUCUAUUUUCAUGAGUACCACCAUUAUUUACUCAAUCAAAAUCUGAACAAAUAUCAAAGUCACAACAUUCAAAUAGUUGGGAUAUACAAUUAUUUGAAGACUUCUUCUUCUUCUUGCGUGAGAACUCUGCUUCUUCUUCUUUACUAUAUCAACACCCCAUUCUAUUUAUUAA